CUACUUUUUUGUUCGAGCCAUUUUGUGCCGUAAGCAGCCAGACGACUCUGAGAACUUUUCGCGUUGAUGGUAUUGUAGUUAAGAAAACAAAUUCAGACUUAAAGAGUCAAGAGGCUUAGUUAACAUAAAGAACAUCAUUCCAAUAUUAUUCUUUAACAAUAAUUUAAAACAUAGAAUUCAGGUUUAGAGGGCAGGACUAGGGUACUAAUAUAAAUUGAAUCUCAGUCUCAACUGUGAUCGAGGUACCAGCACAGACGUUUCCUCUAACGACUUUCAGUAGGUGUUGCCAUGAGUACAGAAGAUAAAUCAAAUGAAGAACUUGCACCUAUGUCCGAGACAAUGUGGUGGGGCACUCUGGGGUCCAUUCGCCCAUAUCCAAAUUUCCGUCCCGAGAAAGACGUGUCUCACCUUCAAGCAGCUCUGGACAAGAAAGAUUUGAACACCCUUGUGGGAAUACUAACCAAUCGCAAUAAUGCUCAAAGACAAGCUCUGGCCCGAGUCUACAAGAAUUUAACAGAAAAGGAACUGGAUGCAAGUCUAAAGAAGGCUCUGUCCGGUGAUUUGCAGUCUCUGAUGUUAGGUCUGAUGAUGGCACCAGAGCAGUUUGAAGCCCAUCGCUUGCGCAAGGCCAUGGAGGGUGCUGGUACAAAUGAAGAUACUCUUUUGGAGAUUUUGUGUACAAGGACACCGCAGAUGCUCUCUGACAUAAAGGCUGCAUACAAUCUAGAGUAUAAGCGGGAUUUGGAGAAAGACUUGAUCAGUGAAACUAGUGGAGAUUUUUCAAAGCUCAUCGUGGCUUUGUUGAAGAAAGAGAAUGGGUCGGGAGUUAUAAACCAAGAUGUAAUGGCUCUGUCUGAGGAGCUCAAAAACAAGAAACCUGCUACUGAAAUUUGGAUCAGCAUACUCACCACAAGACAUCCAGACCAUCUCAACACUGUGCUGAGUAAACUGGAGAUUGAGAAAGGCCAGACAAUGGAUGAAGCUUUAGAGGGACACUUUAAAGGAGUUCUUUCUGGAGACCUGAAAAAGGGCUUAAAGACACUAGUGCAAUGUAUACAGAAUCAACAUCUAUACUUGGCCCAGCGGAUCCAAACUAUGAAAGGACCGGUGGUCCAGGGUGUGAUGGUGUCUCACAGUGAGGAAGAUCUGCUGAGAGUUAGAGUGGCAUACCUUCAGUCAACAGGGACCUCACUGUACACUACCUUACAGAAGCAGUUUAAAGGUGAACUCCAGAAGGCUUUGUUGGCUAUAUGUCGUGCCGAAGACUAGCAACACAUCAAUAGUGCAAAUAUGUGGAAAAGGGUUGUGUAUAUUACAGAAUAUGAUCUUCUAAGAAAAUACAUUGAGAGCACAUUUUCUCCAUGUAAAUAACUGUUAAAAACAGGUUUUGAUUAAGAAAAUCUGAAAAUAAAAUGUUUCUGAGCAUUGUAGUACUC